AUGAUUAUUGAGUAUGAAUAAAUUUGGUUAAUAAUUAUGAAUAUUUCUAAUUUUAUUCAGGAAUGCGUCAAUACUGUGAUGGAUUCACAUCCUGUUUAGUAUCAACCUUCAAUGGAGAUAAGUGAAGGUGAGAUUUUGGUGAAAGGAAAAACAUUUGGUAGAUGGGAAUCUAAAAAAUUUAUUAUUGAUGAAGAAAAGAAAGUUUUUGCUCUUAGGAGUUCUAAAGGAAAAACAAGGCUGAAACCUUAUUUUCUAUCAGAGUAUUAGGUAUAUUCCAGCGAUUCUAACUUUCAGGUGGAGAAUAAGGAGAGGAAAAAAGAUAAAAUAACAUUCGAUCUAACUUCGAAAACUGGAGGAAAGUGUUUGACUCUUGGAACGGAUGACGAGUAGACAGCCGAUGAGAUAAUCAGUGUGCUUUAAAAUUUAUGUUCGAGAAUUGACGUAAAACCUAAUCAAGUUGAGAUUAUUUAAAAGAAUAAAUAAGAUAACAUCAACAAUAAUCAACAUUGUACCAUUUUAAUAAAUAUUAGCCAGAAAAGGUGAUAAAUACAAUUGAUUAUGAAAUUCCAAGCUUUUUUGAUAUUGGUGAAAUUCGGGAGAGGUAAUAUUUGUAUUAAAGUAGUAUCGCUAACAUUAGAAAAGGGUUAUACAAUUUGGAGAAUUUUAAAUUAGUAGCUGAAAAUAAUUCCUAAAUCUACAGAAAUGAAAACAAUCAUCAUUAAUUUAAAGUUUUCGUGGAAUUUGACGGAAAUUGUAAAAUUUAUAUAAUUUAUUCCAAUUACAUAGGUUAGGACGCAAUCAUUCAGAAUUUAACAGAUUAUAAUAAAAUUAAUUAGUGGAAUGCAUACAUUUCCGUAGUGGAAAGCAAAAUGAUUAAGGAAUUACAUGAGGACAAAUCUUUUUUGAUAUGCGAAGUUCGAGAAUUGUCAAAUCUAUUCAUUUUCAAAAGAGAGUUUCAAUAUUUGUAACAUCAUUUAAAAAUUGAUAAUCUCCAUUUUAUUGUUUAAAAAUAAAUCGAUCAAAAAUCAUACACAAAAAAUUAUUAAGGAAGUCUCAAAUAUGGUGUAUGGGCUAUCUAAGCAAGGUAAUAAAUAUCUUUCAAACUUUAGUGAGAAAUAAACCAAAGUGUAUUACUUUUCUGAACAAUCCAUGUUAGGUUUAUCGUACUCUGAUGAAGAUGCUUAUCUUAUUUAGCAGUAUUUAGCACAAAUAAUUAAUUUGAAGCAAUUUAAUUCUAUAACUUAAAAUAUCAAUCUCUAAAAUAAGUCCAAUGAAAUUUAAUUUUAGGACAAAUAGCAAUUAUAACAGGAAUAAAAAACUACAGAAACAAAUAAUAAAGAAGAUAAUGAUUAAUUCUUUGAUUGUGAGGAGUUGGAUGCCAUGAAUGAUAAAUUAUUUAUGGCUGAAAGUAAUUCCAAUAAAGAUGAAGUUGCUAGGGACGUUUAUGAAUAAAAUGUAAGAAAAUAAACUAUUCUUCCUUAAUAAGUAGAUGCAUUAGAUAAUAUUCAAGAUUGGGUUGAUAAAAAGAUGAAGUUAGUGUUAUCUGGGAAUUAUAACUCCUUGUCUAUCAAAAUCUUACAUUAAUUAUAACCCAAAGAAUACGAUCCCUUAUAACGUUAGCUCUUAACUUAAUAAGAAGGUGGACACUAUAUCUUCAAGAAGGAUUUCAUAAGAGAAGAAAAGAAUGGAGGAUUGAAAGUGAUAAAUGAGGAAAAGUUGGCUGCUUAAAAAGCUGUCAUAAAAUUCCUAUUAACUAGAAUUGGAGCUUCUCUUAUGUUGGGCAAAUCAAUUACUAGCAUAUCGAUGCCAGUCACUAUUUUUGAGGCGAGAUCGAAUACUGAAAGAGUGUGUAGUAGUAUGGGGUUUGCACCAAUUUAUUUGGAAGAUGCUGCUUAAUCUUAAGAUAUUUAUUACAGGAUUAAAUAAUGUGCUGCAUUUUAAUUUGGAUUUAUAUUUAUGUAUCUAUCUUGUGAAAAAGUAUUCAAUUUUUCUAUCAAAGCCCUUCAAUCCCAUUUUAGGAGAAACCUUUUAAGGGUUCUAUGAUAAUUGUCCUAUUUAUUGUGAAUAAAUUAGUCAUCAUCCUCCUAUUUGUGCCGUAUAAAUGUAUGGUAGACAAUAUAGGUAGAAUUUAAUUAAUAAUCCCUAUUAGAAUUGAUGCUUAAUUGGAAUUGAUUGCUAACUUUAAUUCAAAUUCAGUAGUUGGCAGAAAUGUUGGAACAGUAAAGAUCACAUUUGAAAAUCCUCAUUAAGUUGUGUUGAUCACUUUAGCUCCAGGCAGUUUGAAUGGAACAACCUAUGGAGAUAAAGUUAUGAAUUAUCUUGAAAAGUAAUUCAUAAUUGAUUUAAAAAAUAAAAUAAUUGCUGAAGUCACCUUUAAUCCAGAUAAAAAAUAUUGUCAGUUUUUUGAUGUCGAAUAUUUAAAUCAAUUGGAUUAUUUGUGUGGUGCAAUUUGUGAUGUUACUGAUGCAGCCAUUUAAAAGUAUCACAAAGAAGGAUAUCGUAAAUAUAAAGGCUUGGAUCUCAAAUCAGACAUCAAGUAGAUAAGACAUAAGAUCAAAGGAAUAUGGGUCAAUGAGAUCAAAGUAUGUAUUCAUAAUAUUUACAGAUUGAUAAUUAAAAGUUAAUUUCUAUUCACAACGACUUUCCAGUUAAGAUGUAAUUAGCAUAAUACCCAAUUCCCUCAGAUGCAAAUUUCAGAAUGGAUUUGUUAUGGUGGAAGUUGAGAGAUUUUGAUUAAUCCUAAGAGUGGAAAGAAAAACUGGAAAUCUAACAAAGACAAGAUAGAAAGUUGAGAGAACAAAAGGGAAAAAAGAAAAAGUGA